AUGAUCGUACAAACAGGCUGUGUGAACUUGCAACCUAUUUUAAUUAGAGCUAACAAAAGAAACAGUAUAAGUAUUGCGGUUGGAAAAAAUGAAUAUCAGUUUGAAUAUACAAAAGCUAACAUAGUCAGUGCUCAAUUAACGAACUAUAUGAAAUCAAUGAAUAAUUCAACAAUAGAAAGACUUCCUAAUUGUUCUAUCAUGAUGGAUGAUUGGAAUAAGUCAUUAUAUUUUGUUAGCAAUUUAAAUAAGUACUCUAAACGACAAACAAGCGAUCAUAAUUCUUAUGAACGUGCUUACAAAAUUAAAAAUCUUCUGAAGGCACUACCGACUUACGCAAAUAUGAUCGAUAACGAUAUAUGUAUACGUUGCGAAAAAGAAGUCGAGGAUUGGGAUCAUAUUUGGAUAUGUGAAGCUAUUGAAUUUAGAGAGUGGGAAUUAUUAAGAGGUGUGUACAAUAAUAGAUUUAACAAAAUCACUAAUGAUAAGGAUGAAAGAAAGGUGAUUUUCAGCUUAUGGGUCUAUUGUUACGAGGAAUUGAAAAACAAAUUUGGAGAAAAGGUACACAUGUGUCCCAGAACACUCAAUAGCUAUACAAGGUCCAAUCAGACAAUAGAUACACAUAUAGGUUAUCUAAAAGUCAUAUGUCAAUAA